GAGGCGGAACUUCCUGCGGGAACACAGCUUCCGUUCGGGGGCGGGACUUCCCGUCGGGGCGGACGUAGGUCCGGGCGUUCGGCGUGUGGUGCCCGCACGUGGCGCGCGCGUAGGGCGCGGCGGCCACUGAGCCGUUCUGAGGCGGGCGUCCGCGCAGAGGCCGUUGGGCCGGUUGGCGGAACCGUCACUGUGCUGCUCCCGCAAUGGACUACCGGCGGCUGCUGAUGAGUCGGGUGGUCCCCGGGCAGUUUGACGACGCGGACUCCUCGGACAGUGAAAACAUUGACUUGAAAACCGUCAAAGAGGAAGACGAUGUUGUAUUUGAAGACCUUCAGAGUAACGCCAAUGAGAAGAUGGGUGAAAGUGAGCCGGAAGAGGAGGAAGACGGAGAUUAUGACGAAGACGAUGACUGGGCCUGGGGCGAUGGAGUCGGAAAGCUCACCCGGUGUCACACUUCAGGUGGAGGGAGUAACCCUCAGGCCAAUAGACAGACUCCCAGCUUCAAUGCAGCCAAAAUGUCUACUCCAGCAGACAAAGUCUUACGGAAAUUUGAGAAUAAAAUUAAUCUAGAUAAGCUAAAUGUUACUGAUUCUGUAAUAAACAAAGUCACCGAAAAGUCUCGGCAAAAGGAAGCAGAUAUGUAUCGCAUCAAAGAUAAGGCGGACAGAGCAACUGUAGAACAGGUGUUGGACCCCAGAACACGAAUGAUCCUGUUCAAGAUGCUGACGAGGGGAGUCAUAGCGGAGAUCAAUGGCUGCAUCAGCACCGGAAAAGAAGCUAAUGUAUAUCAUGCUCGCACAGCAAAUGGAGAGAGCAGAGCAAUCAAAAUUUACAAGACUUCGAUUCUGGUGUUCAAAGACCGGGAUAAGUAUGUCAGUGGGGAAUUCAGAUUUCGCCAUGGCUACUGUAAAGGCAACCCCAGAAAAAUGGUGAAGACGUGGGCAGAGAAGGAAAUGAGGAACUUAAUCAGGCUAAACACAGCAGAGAUUCCGUGCCCAGAACCCAUCCUGCUGCGAAGUCAUGUUCUCGUCAUGGGUUUCAUCGGCAAAGACGACAUGCCAGCGCCGCUCUUGAAAAACGUCCAGUUAUCAGAGUCCAAGGCUCGGGAGUUGUACAUGCAAGUGAUCGAGUACAUGAGGAGAAUGUACCAGGACGCCAGAUUGGUGCAUGCGGACCUCAGUGAAUUCAACAUGCUGUACCACGGCGGAGGUGUGUACAUCAUCGACGUUUCUCAGUCCGUGGAGCACGACCACCCGCACGCCUUGGAGUUCUUGAGAAAGGACUGCGCCAACGUCAAUGAUUUCUUUCUGAAGCAUGGCGUUGCCGUGAUGACUGUGCGGGAGCUCUUUGAAUUUGUCACGGAUCCGUCAGUUACACCCGAGAACAUGGAUGCGUAUCUCUCAAAGGCCAUGGAAGUAGCAUCUCAAAGGACCAAGGAGGAAAGGUCCAGCCAAGAUCAUGUGGAUGAGGAGGUGUUCAAGCGAGCUUACAUUCCUAGAACCUUGAAUGAAGUGAAAAACUAUGAGAGGGACAUGGAUAUAAUGAUGAAAUUGAAGGAAGAGGACAUGGCCAUGAACGCCCAGCAGGACAACAUUCUAUACCAAACUGUCACGGGACUGAAGAAAGAUCUGUCGGGUGUUCAGAAGGUCCCUGCACUCCUGGAAAGUCAGGUUCGGGAAGAGACUGGUUCUGAUUCAGAAGAUGCAGGGAGCGUGGAGUGCUCUGACACAGACUCUGAGGAGCAGGGGGAUCACGCCGGCUCCAGGAAGCCCCCUGCCGACCUUGAAGUUGAUAGAAAGGAAAGAAAAAAGAUGGUCAAGGAAGCCCAGAGAGAGAAAAGAAAAAACAAAAUUCCUAAACACGUGAAAAAAAGAAAGGAGAAGGCAGCCAAGAUGAAAAGGGGCAAAUAGAACCAGAACUGUAUCAUGUACAGUGAUUUUCCAUCAGUUAGGUUUUGCGCCUGUGCACUGAGCUCCCCCUGGAGGAUGGGUUAUUGAUUGUAACCAAAUGGUUUUUACUGCAGUGUCCCUGGGGAUUGCUUUUCAUGUUUUCAUGUAAUUAUGUAAACAGCUCUGAGCUCUGUUGUCUAGGUCCAUUCCCUAGCUCUGUGGUAUUGAUAGAGGAUUUAUUUAAGCCACUGUUUUAAUGAACUUUAUACAAUUUUAUUUUUGUAUAUUUUUAUCUUCUGCAAUGUUGCUUUUAAAGCAUUGUAAUUAUUUAAACAUAUUGAGCAUUCCCGCCUUUUGUGUAAGUGUAAAGGCACUUUGGACAAACUUGGGCAAGUUGUCUUUGUUUGUACCAAAGACCCACCUGGAAUCAUUGGACUAUAAGGCCAUUGUUUCUACGAAAGGGAGAUUCACCAAUAGAGAGAAUUCAGUUGGCUGCUGAUAUGAUCGUUUAUCGCAGCUUCGUUCUAUGUGUACUGGUAAUUACUUUUCAUCUUUACUAUUCUUUUCUGAGCUAGUUCAUAAGCUAUUUCACAUUCAAAUAUGUGGCCUAUUCAUUCAUUCAUUCAUCAACAUUAGGAUGUUUUGGGUUUGGGAGACACAGCAGUAAAUCAAAGGCAAGUUCCAUGGAUAAUCCUAGUUUUCCUUAAAUUGAAGCUUGCACUGGCUUGGAUCCAUGGGUUACUGAGGGAGGAGCAGGGUCAGCUGCGUAAAGCAGUCAAAAGUUACUAUCUUCAGCUAGUUUGCAUUUUAAUAGGAAGACAAGACAUCAAGCUAAGGAAAACAGUGUAUCAGCUUAGUAAAUUUCAUGGAAGAAAUAGCACUGCCUGGGGCAGUGAAGGGUGUGCACGUUUAGAAGAGGCCAUAUUUGGGCAUAUUUGAAGUCUGUGAGUCGUGUGCCUAUUGGGAGAGAAUAAUGUCCAGGUAAAGCAGACAGCCAGUGCAAAGGCCCUGAAGCAGAAAUGUGCCUGAAAUGUUCCAGACCCCAGAAGCUAGAGCAUCGUAGCCACAUGGGGGGCAGGGUUGGGUCAAGGAGAUGGAAUGUAGCGGCUUAGAUUGGGUGGUGGUAGGCGCCUGGAAGGUUUUGAGCAGAGGAAUGAUGUGAUCUGACUUGUUUUUAAAGAAUUGCAAUCACUCUGACUUCAUGGAGAAUUGACCAGGAGGCAAGGGGUAGGGACCGGCUGGGUAUUUAUUAUGACCCGUGUGAGAGAUGAUGGUGGCUUGGUGUAGGAUGGUAGCAGUGGACAUGGAGAGAAGCCUUUGGAUUCUAAGUAUAGGAGCUACAGGGUGUGUUACGAGAAAUGCUGAUUUUAGCCCCGGAAUCAAAAAAAUUUGUGUAGAUGAACCUAGUUUCCCCUAAACUGGAGCUUGCCCCUGCUUGUUUGAGAAUCGGUGGGUUAUUGGCAGAGGGGCAGGGUCAGCUGAGGUCUUAAAAUUUUAAGCAGACCGCUUAAAUUUUAUCUUCAUAAUAACCUCCUUUCCCGACUUGAAAAAAGUUCAAGUACGAAAUAUAAUUUCAGCGAGACACUGUUGUGUCCCCUCUGAAAUACUAUACAGUGAACACAACAGAGGAGAAAACAGACAGGGGGCUGAGCAGUCCAGUGCCCUUUCGGGGGCGUCACCUUCAGGAUGCUCUGGCUCUGGCCUGAGCCGGGGCCUCCUCCCCGGCCAGGUGAGCUUCAUCCAGGUGGUCAGGCUCCUCAGUGCCAUUUCUGCUGAAUCGAGUGCAGCCGCUGAGUUUGGAAUCAGUUUCCCUGGGCAGAGCCAGUAUUGGUUGGCUGGCCAGCCCUCAUCACAGGCUGCCAAGAGGAAGUGGGUUAUGACGCGCCUGGACAGGGGCCUGCAGGGGGAUUCUGGCUCAAGGCGCCUUCUUUCUGACAACGUGCUGACGUAGCCCUUUCCCCGUCUGGAUUCUGGGCUGUAGCUGUGGCUGAGUGGGAACCACUGUAGCCUUCUUGCUGGACGGGUCUGAUGCCACUUCCUUUGUUUGACUCUUGCCAGGAGAUCUGGAAGAAGGAGCCCCAUCUUAGGUAAACGUCCAGAGCCCCCUUCUGGCUCCCAUUGCAAUAGAAUUUGUGCACCUGGUGGGUUUGUUGUCCCUGAAUUACUGGUUGUGCAGUGACUUUUCCAUUUGCAGGGGUGAGCUUUUGGGGUCUCUUGGCCCAAAGGCCGGGACAUCAUUUUGUCCACUUUGGACAUACCUGGUUUUCUGUCCUCUUUUGUCGAUUUUCUAAUCCCUUAAAAAAUGCAGGCGUUUCUUCUCUCAAAGUUGACUGUGAGGGAUCUGGGUGGUUUCAUGGAAGCGCGGAGUCACCGCGAUCUCCUCUGCAGCCCGAGUCCUUAUUUUUCCUUUGAUGAAGCAGUUCAGGGACAGGCCCUUUCCCCCACCCGGGAGCACAGUGUUUGAGCCUGGUCUCAGGGUGAAGAGGUGGGCGCCUCGGCGGCCGGCUGCCUGGGUCUGAUCAAACGCGAGUCCGCCUUCGGGGCCGACAUCAAGUUUUCUUCAACUUUUGCUUCUCCUUGGUGAUGGUGGACUCAAGGUUGGAGAGUUUUGUAGUUUGGUACCAAGACUGGUUGGAGAAGAUCUGUUCUUUUUGUUAGUUUGUGUUGAAUACAGUGCAAGCAGCUUGCUGUUUCUUGGUUGAGGGCCCAUCCUAUUUUGUGGCUAUGAUUUCAUUAACCUCUCAGCUCAGAAAGUGAAGAGCUGAGAAAAUUCUUCUAGAAGCUGGUAAAAACUCAGUCGAAGGGCAUCUUGAGUGUCGUGGGCUCUGAAGGUUGACAUUUCUAAAAGUCCAGAAGCUAUAGCAGAUCCUCACUGUAUAAUUUCCUGUGAAGAUUUCCUGUGAUUGCGUCAGAUAGAUAAGGUUUUCAACCCCUGGUGGUCAUAAAACAAGAGUGCUCCAUGUUCUGUCUGUUGAAUUGGAUUAGGUUGUUACAGUCCCUGCAUUUUGGUUGGAGUUUUUAACUUUCAUAUCCUUUGGGUUUGUGUUGCCUUGGACAUAAGGGCGUUUAUCAACUUUCUGGGGGAGGUUAUAAUGUUGGGUCUGAAAUCAUUUAAGCUGGUUUCCAAAGGAAAAGAUAGCUUUCCCGCACCCGUGUUCUCCGGAGAUCUUAGUCCCAGCUGAAGCGCUGUGGGAACCUCUGGGCUUGAAUUUGAGUAAUGAAAACUUGUGGACUUGGUGACUGUGGUUUCCAGCUUUCCUUCACUUUCUAUAUCACACUACUUCCUGCUGUGACGGCUGGCAGCCGCGGCCGCCGGGAGGGGGCCCUCGUACUGCCUGGAGGAGCCACACUAGUCUUUGUCCUUUUUUUCCAGAAUAGCAGGGGUGUCAAUCUGGGUGAGCAGAGCUGUCUCCAGCUCUCUGAGCCUUUCUGCAUUUCUUAUUACCACAUAGUAGUUUCAAGGCCGGACAACCACAGCAUCUCGGGGUAAAAUUUGACACUUUACACAUCUGCCACAUCGCUCUCUUGGGGUCGUGAACCUGUCGGUGACAGGGUGGCAGGUCCCUGGGCCCGGGUGCCUCAGCUGGAGCGGGGCGGGCAGGGGCGAGCGGUUAAAGCUGUCCGGGCACAGGCGCCCCUGUGGCUCGUGGCUGCCUCGGGGAGCGGAGGGUAUUGAAGGCUAGAUGCUCAGGGGACCGAGGCCGGCGUUUUGGAAGGGCCGUCCUGGAUUAGGACAGGCCUGGUUUUAGACAGUCAAUGAGAGACACGCCUGAGUCUCCAGCAGGCUGGGAUGCGGGCGGGCCAACCAUGGGGGGUGUGGUGUCUGAUGAUGUCACUGCCCUCCGGACAGCCAGCGUUUAAAUGGGGCAAGGAAAGGGGGUCCCCCAGAGGGGCAGUUGAGAAUAUGAGGCACUUUGCUGGCGUCAGACGCCACGUUUGUCCCCACGGCCCCGGGGGAGCGUCUCAGGGCGAUGAAGGGGGGAGCCUGACCCUGUGAAGCAGUCAGAUGCCACCAGUGCAUGGAGCUCAGCACAGUGCCUGCUUCAUGGGGUUCCUGUGAAGGACACUGAGGGGAGCUCAGGGGAGCUUGGCCGGGGCUGGAUCAUGCCAGUGAAAGUGAACUCAGCCACUGACUUCCUCGAUGUUCCCGCAGUGGUGUGAAAAGAGGUUCACGGAAACCCCUAGACAGUACCUUGCCUCUCCCCAGAAAGGUUGGACCUCAACCCGCGAAGCCUCUUGCUGCGGUUGUCAGGUUACAGGAAACAUGAGCUCACAGGAGCAGGAUCCGUGAUGCUGGGAGGAUGUGGUCAGUGGAAUUAAGGAAAAGGGCAGUGGGGAGGGAAAGAGAUGUCUAAUAAAAAGGAAAAGUGGUCUAAGAGCUGUGUCCCAGUGCUGUGGAUUUCAGCUGGACCCUGGUUAGAUGAAACCAGUUUUAAAAAGAUGGGCUCUCUGGGGUUUCUUUUCAGAUAAACAGGGAAAAGCAAGCGUGGAGAUGUCAGGUGAUAGUAAGGGAUUGUUCCUUUACCAGAUGUCAUAAUGGUAUUCAUGCUUGACAUGGUUCCCUCAGAGCCUGGACUGAAGUCUCACUGGGUGAAAUGAUUGGAUGCCUGUGACUCAAAAUUCUCCAUCCUUCCUGAGUCCCCAAAGGACAGCGGUGGAUGAAGAAGAAUAGCAGGUCAGCAGUUGCUGAGACAGAGUACUAAUGGGUGUGUUGGGAUUCAUUACACUCUUUUCUCUCUCACAAUUUCUGUAAGAAAGCUGGGGUUUUUUUUUAAUCGAAGUUUCUAUUAAGUACUUAAAACAGGGCCUGCCACAUACUUGUAAUGCCACAUACUUGUACUGUGUUAUACAAGCGUCUGUAUUUUUGUUUGUUCUUUUUAAGUAACCUUUUUUUUUGGCCCGGUCUUUAAUUGUUUAAUCAUCUGGGCCAAAGAGGAAGGCCUCAGGAGGACUGUUAGUGCCUUCCGGUACCCUGACAUGCCUUUUGGUUUCGAGAUUCCGGUUCCCCUGGUGGAGGCAGUUCCAGAACGUGUGUGUUGAGCUGCCCUGAGUUUUGGCUCUGCCAAGCCUGACCGUCCCCUUCGCAGUGACCUGUCCUGACCACUCCCUGGCGUGCGGUCUGCCCCCUCAGCUGAGGCUCCUACAGUCCUGGUGGCCUUUGCUCUGCGUUGCUUUUCUAAAGCUGCUCUAACAGGCUACCCGACAGGCUGUCCCCGCGUUACCGCACUUCGCAGAUACCGAGGUUCUUUUACUGAUUGAAGGUCUGGGGCAGCCCCAUGUUGAGUGCGUCUGACUGCCGUUUCCCAGCACCCUGGCUCACUUGUGCCCCUGUGUCACGAGGUAAUUCUUGCCAUCUUUCAAACCCUCUGCCAGCAAAAAGGUUACACCUCGACAACUCGGGUGAUGGUUAGCAUUUGUUAGCAAUAAAGGAUUUUUAAAUGAACUUUUUCAGGUAUAAUGUCUGCACACAGACUGCACUCAAGUGUGACCAUCACUUUUAUAUGCACCGGGAAACCAGAAACUCCAUGUAACUUGUUCUACCGCGAUAGUCGCUUCGUGUCGUGGUCUAGAGCCGAGCACACAGUGUCCGCGUUCUGCCUGUACGUACGUGUCUGCAUUUUCUUGACACAUGUCAUGUGUCUUUCCCUCACCUCCCAACCUCUUACUAGAAUAAGCUCCACGGGGACAAGGGUUUUUACCUUUGUUCGGUUUUGUGUCCCUGCACCUAGAAUUGUGUCUAAAACAUUGUAAGUGCUCAAUAAAUACUUAAGUGAA